AUGGCCCCUUCAGUCCUUGUCGAACAGCCCUCCAGCAACAGCGACCCUGACAGCGACAGCGUCCCCGUCAAGCAAUCCACCACCGCCAACAUCAUCCAGACACCCCUCCCCAACCCAUCCCUACAGGUCACCGCCAACCACAACAUCAAGCAGGUCGACGCUCCGGUCUAUGCGCCUGGACGGGGAGAAGUCCUCCUCCAGAUCAAGGCGACUGGGAUAUGCGGAUCCGAUAUCCACUUCUGGAAAACCGGACGCAUUGGCUCGCUCGUCUUUGAAGGAGACUGUAUUAUCGGCCAUGAGGCGGCGGGUGUGGUCUUGAAGUGCGGCGAGGGAGUGAGCAAUCUGAAGCCUGGAGACCGCGUGGCUAUCGAGCCCGGUGUGCCCUGUGGAGAAUGCUUCCUCUGCAAUGACGGCCGAUAUAAUCUCUGUCAAGAUGUUCAGUUCGCUGGCGUCUAUCCUUACCAUGGAACGAUGCAGCGAUACAAGGUCCACCCGGCGAAGUGGUUGCACAAGUUGUACCCCAUCUUUUUUGUUUAUUUUCUCAGGCUGACCUUAUUCAGACUCCCAGACAACAUCAGCUUCGCCGAAGGCGCCCUGAUAGAGCCCCUCUCCGUCGUGAUGAACGGCAUCAGGACUGCCAGACUCAGUCUUGGACGAGGCGUGCUAGUCUGCGGCGCUGGACCGAUCGGUCUGAUCGCGCUGGCAGCAGCGCGCGCCUCGGGCGCUCAUCCGAUCGUCAUCACGGACCUAGAACCCAGUCGCCUAGCCUUUGCGAAGGAAUUCGUGCCCAGCUGCAUCCCCUACCAGAUCGACGGGUCCCUCGACGCAGGGGGCAACGCCAAAGCCAUCCGCGCGCUGUUCGGCACAGACGAGUAUUUCGCCCCGGAGACGGUGCUGGAAUGUACCGGCGUCGAAAGCAGUAUCUGCACAGCGGCGUAUGCGGCGCGACGAGGCGGCACUGUUGUCGUGAUUGGCGUGGGCAAGUCGACCAUCAACAAUCUCCCGUUUAUGCACCUGUCGCUGGCGGAGAUCGACCUGAAAUUCAUCAACCGCUACCACGACACCUGGCCUCCGGCCAUCGCCUGUCUGAGCGGGGGAAUCCUCGACCUGAAGAAACUGGUGACGCAUGUGUAUCCGCUGGAACGGGCGGUGGAGGCGAUGCAGCUGUGUUCGGAUCCGCGGAAUGGGAGCAUCAAGGUGCUUGUCGUGGAUGAUGUGGAUGCGACUGUAUAG